GUGAGUAAGGAAUUGAAGUUGAAGUAGAGUUGUCGACAAUGAGGAGGUGGAAGGGCUGCUAUUGUUUCAAAUUCAGAAAUUCUUUCAUUUUAUCAACAAAAGACAUACUUUUGAAGCUGAAAUCAUGCUUCACAAACAAAGCAAAAGGGCAUAAGAAUGGAUUGGUGAGUCUUUACAAAGACAUGGAGGCUUGUGGGGGAUACGAAGAUAUACAAGUGAUGUGGGAAAUGGUUCAUUCUUCAUCUCAUUCUUCAAAUGUCAAAACGAUUAAACGCAAUGAUAAACCCUUUUAUUGGAGAUUUUGUUUGGAUACAACUUAAGAACUUUCUUUUUUUCUAUCCCCAAUUCAGCCUUUUCCUUUUCAACCCAAAUCACUAGUAUUGAUUAUCUUAAUAGGUAGGG